AGAACACUCCCCACUCCCCUAUCACUCUCACACCGCCCCUUCCAUCCCAACUGCCUCCCUCUUCUCCUCCGUCGUCUUCCUCCCCAUUAUAUAUCUCUGCAUAAUUCUUUCAUUUCUUUCCAUUCUUCCCCCCCGCCUCCUUGUAUUAUACCCUACUAAAUACAAUAUGAGAGGGACCCUUUCGCUCUUAUUCUCCUUUUCUGUCUUCUCGGCGGCGCUUCUUGUUCGGUGCCAUGCUUCUCCGGCGAAAUCCGGCGGCGUUCAAAGUCUCCGGCCGGGGUUCCAGUACACGAACCCCAAGCUUCCGCCCAGGGCUUUCACUCAGUCUGACAAGUACGAGGGUUCGUCGGACCUCGUCCAACUCCGGUAUCACAUGGGCCCUGUUCUCUCUUCUCCGAUCAACAUCUAUCUUGUCUGGUACGGCAAUUGGGCCCCUUCUCAGCAGGUAAUCAUCAGAGACUUCCUCGCCUCCAUCUCCGCCUCCGACGUCCCUUCCCCCUCCGUCGCGGAGUGGUGGCGCACCGUCACGCUUUACGCCGACCAGACCGGGGCGAACAUAUCUCGGUCCGUCCGAAUCGCCGAUGAGUACUCCGAUCGCCGGUGCUCCCAGGGGAAGCAGCUCACGCGCCUUUCGAUUCAGGACGUGAUUGCGGAGGCGGUCCGGUCGAAACCCUUCUCGAUCGACCACCGGAACGGGAUCUACCUCGUCCUCACCGCCGUCGACGUCACCGUGCAGGAUUACUGCCGGGCGGUCUGCGGGUUCCAUUACUUCACCUUCUCGUCCAAGGUGGGGUACACGCUGCCGUACGCCUGGAUCGGGAAUUCCGGCAAGCAAUGUCCCGAAGUUUGCGCGUACCCGUUCGCCGUUCCCGGGUACAUGGGCGGAGGCGGGCCGGGCGCGUUGGCCGCCCCGAACGGCGACGCCGGCGUCGACGGGAUGAUCAGCGUGAUAGCGCACGAGCUGGCGGAGAUGUCGUCGAAUCCGCUGGUGAACGCUUGGUACGCCGGAGAAGACCCGACGGCGCCGACGGAGAUUGGGGAUCUGUGCGAGGGGUUGUACGGCACCGGCGGCGGCGGCGGGUAUAUAGGCCAGGUUAUGAAGGACCAAAGAGGGAGUACGUACAAUAUGAGGGGGAGAAUGGGCCGGAGGUUUCUGGUCCAGUGGGUUUGGAGCCCAAUACUGAAGGCCUGCGCUGGACCAAAUGCAUUGGACUGAGUUUUCAGAUUCUGGGCCGGGCAAGUCCAAUACUGAAGAUUCCUUUUCUGGGCCGGAGAUUUGCUGGCUGGAUCCAGCAAUGGGCCAUGAGCCUAUGGCAUGAUUGGAUUGGCUAAAAUGAAUUCAAGAGAAAAAUAUAUAUACUCCGUAUAUUCUUUAUUAUCUUUUUAUUAAGAAUUAUGGGUUAAUAUAUGCAUGAAAGAGUAAAAAGUUAAUUUCAGCCGAAGAAAAAAAAUCUGCACAACUAAAAGUUAAAACAAAAAGACAAGAGACGCACAAAAAAAGAACAUAAAGAAUGGGUGAAUAA